AUGUCUCGAUCUUCCUACGCCGAACCCAACCAACUCAACGGAGAUCCCAAACGCCCUUCCAAACGUCUCAUCCUCUGCGAGGACGGCACGUGGCUGGACUCCGACAACGCCAGUCUCAAAGGCUCGCUGAACUACCCGAGCAACGUCACCCGCAUCCAGCGAGCCAUCAAAUCCGUCAGCUCGGAUGGCAUUCCCCAGGUCGUCUACUAUCAUUUCGGAGUGGGCGGGGGCGGCGGAUUCCUCAGUAAGCUGGCCGGCUUUAGCGGAGCGGGAAUCAACGAAAUCAUCCGGGAGGGCUACGAGUUUCUUUGCGCCAACUAUACCCCCGGCGACGAAAUCUUCAUCUUUGGCUUCUCCCGGGGCGCGUACACGGCUCGCUCGAUUGCUGGUCUGAUCAAUGAGGUGGGCAUCCUCACCAAGGACGGCCUUCCCGAUCUGCCGGAGAUUUAUCGCGAUGUGUCGAACCGGUACAACGACCAUUACCGCCCAAAGUACCCCGACAUACCCUUCCCGCACAAGCCGAGUGCGCGAGAUCCGGCGUAUAGGGAAGGGCUGGUCCGACGCCGCCUGACUCGGUUGGACGUGACGAUCAAAGUCGUUGGCGUGUGGGAGACCGUCGGCUCGCUCGGUGUCCCGCGAGUGCCGUGGCUGCAGAGGAUAGGACUGCAAUCGACGACGAUCAAAGACUACCGAUUCCAUGAUACGUCGUUAGGCGACUGCAUAGAGAACGCUUUCCAAGCUCUCGCGCUUGAUGAGCGGCGCUAUUCCUUCCAACCCUGCCUCUGGGAGAAACUCGAAGGCAAUCGAACCACACUCCGACAAGUCUGGUUCCCUGGCGCACACUCAAACGUCGGUGGGGGCUACAACGAUCAGCAGAUUGCCACAAUCACCCUUGCGUGGAUGAUAGCCCAAUGCCAGCCCUUUCUCGACUUCGAUUUGGACUACGUUCUCGAUCAGUGGGAGGAGAGUGAAGGAUACGAGGAAGAACACGCUCCGGAAACACGGCCGUGGUCUUUUGGGGAGAUCUUCACAGGGAUUACUGCGGCAUAUGCUCUAGGGGGCACAAGCAUCCGUUCCCCUGGCCGAUACACCCUUAUCGAUCCCGAGAAUGGCAAAUCAACGGGCGAGCCACUGAUUAACACGCGCGAGUUCAUUCACCCUUGUGUACGGGCCAGAAUCCAGCUCAAAGGGCCGUACUUUGAGAACAAGGGCGUUUAUGACUGCAAAUCCCUGACCGAUUGGAAGCUGAUUGUGGAGAACGAGGACAGCCAGAGAAGGCCGUAUGUCUAUUGGCGAUCGAGAAGCCGGCCUCCCGAAGGAUUUGUCGGAGAGCUACCCGAGGCACCACUCAAGCCGUUGGAGAUUGAGAUACUGGAAUACGAUCGCGAGACUUGUGAUUACGUUCUGCGGCCCUCUGGCGUGCGAAGGAGAGGGACGCGGAAGGCCAGAAGCGAUGGAUGA